ACAUUCACUGGCAAUUUUGUCUACUACAUUCAGUCUGUGCUCCCAGAUGACAUCGUAAAAGCAGUGCUGGGGAAAAUAGGUUACGUUGCAACCACAGCCACAGAGUUUUCACUUGUCAAAAAGAGAAACAAUGAGGAAACAAAGCAGACUGCGUUUGAAAUAUUCCUGGCAAGGAUCGAGUGUGAAACCAUCCUCGAAAUGACAAAUGAAGAGAAACAGGGCAAUUUGGAGCAGACCCUGCAGAAGGGAGCACAAGUGCAUUUGCGUCAAGGAGCCGAGGACACAGAUGAGAUGUCCCAGAGAGGAGACACUGAAAAUCCAGAAAAUGAAGACAGUGAGACAUCUUUGUGCCUUACUACCCAGCAGAAAUCUUCAACUCCCCACCCUGUAUCCUUUGAAGCUGCUGGAAACCUGCAGAUCAGAGGUGAUGUGGCUCAGUUAGCAGCUGCUCAGUCCACUGACAGCCUUCAGGAGCAUCAAAGGCAACUCAUUAACACUGCACAUUUCCCAGGCAAGUGCUCAGACAGUGAGGAAUUCUUGAUCAAAUAUAGUGACAUUGUCAUAAGACAAACACCUAUUUUCAGUGAGAAUCUUCCUCCAAAAGCUUUUGAAAAAGAGCCAAGAGCCAGUCUGAGUGCAGAAUGUGUUUUGGCAGUCACUGCAGAGCCAACUGCAAAUGAGUUGCGGCCUGUGCCGCUCUCCCCAGGAGCCAGUGGCCCUCCAGCCUUUGCAAUAUUUGCUGACAGCUCUGGUGACAGCAAAACCACUUUGGAGUACAAAACUCCAGAAGUCCCUCAAGAAUCAAUUGAAGCAGAAAUUAACGAUGCCAUGAACUGCAUAGACCCAGAGCCUGCAGAUGAACCCAAUGAGCUGAAGUCUCUGCCCUACGAGGACUUAGCCUCUGCCCAAGACUGCAGUGUCUCCAGGGAAGAGGAAGUUUGUGACCUGUCUUUAACCUUCACAAAGCUACAAAUCAAGGACACCGAGGAAGAUCUUAUGUAUCCAGUGGAGGAAACUGGCCAACCUAUGUCCGUGGCAUAUGCAGGUACAAGUGAGAGGCAGGUAAGAGAAUUUAAUCCCUCCAAAAUAAAACAUACAUAUCUGACUGAUGCUGAGCUGCAGCACAGAGCAGCUGCACAUAUUGAGCCAUCCUCAGAUUUGUGCUGUACUAGUGAGAACACAGAGGAUUCCACUGCUGGUUCUGAUAGCAGGAGACUAUACAUGGAUACUGCUAGAGCUUCUGAGUGCUUCCGACACAUCCGAGAGCCUCCUCACCUCACCUACAUCCCCCCGCAAAGCACUGAUGUCCAGGCUUCACACGUGAGAAGGACCAGCACACAGAGCAGAAGGACCCUCUUGCAGCCUGAAUGUGACUCUGCUGAAUCCAGGGAAGUAAUCCUGGAGAACUGUAGUUUCAAAGUAAAUGAAAACCAGGAGCCUUAUGUCAUUAUUGACAAAACUGACCAAGGAAUGUUAUGCCACCACACUUGA